GCAUGGCUCUCUACCUAACAAUGAGCUAAGAAUCGACUGGUCCAAGCUACGGAAUCGAAUUCGAGGGGCGACACCCGCAAAUCUGAUGCUUGAGCUCCAUUAACUCUGGGUUCGUAUUGCUUCGGCAUUUUCUCCACGUUGCUGGUCGCGACUCUAGCUCCGAACCUCGCCGACUGCUCCUCGUCCUGACGAGAGCCCAAGCUCCGACUCGAGUUUCAUCAUCUGUCAUUGACGAAUUCUCCAUCAAGAUUGCCCACCAAAGUGACACCGCGAUCGCGGUCUCGAACAGCCCAUCAUGUCGGACGAACAAAUCUCGUUACCCUUCUUCGCCAUUGUCCUGAUUGUGUCAGGGCUGAUAGUGCGGUAUCUUUUCUUUUCGGGCCCGAGCCCAGAACGGCCGCCGGUGAGGACCGCAGAGCAGAUGCUCAGAUCAAGAGAGGUGGCGGUUCAGAGGAUACAGCAAAUGUUUCCGCAGGUUGAGAGACGGAGCAUCUUGUGGGACCUCCAGCGCAACGGCGGGAAUAUCCAGAGCACCACAGAGCGGAUUCUGGCAGGUCGCUUGGAAACGCCCCCCGUGACGUUCCAACCUCCGCCGCUUCGAACUCAAUCACCCCCGACUGGAAGCUCUGGCCCAGCGGCGAAGCAGCCCGAGAAGCCGAGCCAGCCCGAUCUGAUUACACGCUACAACCUGAGGGAUAAGGUUGCGGACUCAGCACCCGCAGGAGAAGAGGAAGAGGCGCAGAAGGAAGGCAAAGCAUGGAGCUCCAACCGCGAAGAACGACAGUCUGCUCUGCAACGAAGAAGAGACGAGAUGAUUCUGGCGGCGAGACGCAAGAUGGAGGCCAAGAUGGCGGCGGAGAAGGCUGCCCAGGGGUCUUCUUGAAGGGGGGGAAUGGGCACGAGAAAGGGUCAUACAGCAGCAGCAUGAUUUCCUUGGUUUCGGAGCACUCUUUUUUCUCUUUCCCCUACAUAAUUUUUCCCUCUACUCUUUUCUACUAUGGGUGCAUACUUUUUUUUGUAGUGAGAAUUGCGAGCAUUGGCGUUUUAAUAUUGUAGAUGAGGGUAGCUAGGAUAUCUAGGAUAUUCGAAUGCUUUAGUAUGUCCUGUGGAAG